GCGUAGCUGAACUGAGACGACAGUCAUAUUUUUCCUCUUUAACUUGCGAGUAGCACAAUUACUUGUGUGUGUUUGGUGCGUUCGGAUUGCAAUUGAAUCGAGUGUACAAAUAUAAAAAAAAUCAUCAUCAUCAUCGUCAUUUCCAAAAUCAAACAGAAAACGGAAAAUUAUUAGUUUUGUCAUAGUGGUUUAUAGUGAGUUAAAGGUGUGAAAAGAUGGCGAGUCCUGGGAUUACGGAUAAUAAAUCAAUAAUCAAACAGCAAAAUUCAAUGGAUGGCUCAUUUUCAGAAACAGCCACACAAAAACAGGAUAGUGCCCGAAAAUCAAAUGCAUCAGUAGAUAUUGCGAAAACAUUGCAUUGGUUCGCACAGAUUGGUCACGGUUUUGUUGAAAAUGAUGAUGAACGCGAUAACGGUGAAGCGCGAGAUCGUGAAGAAAGAUUGCGAAUAAUAAAAGAUCAACAGAAUUUGGAACGACAGCGAAAACUCGAUGAGCUGAAAGCACAAGCACUUGCAGCGCAAAAGUAUCGCGAACAAAAAGAAGAAGAACGCAAAAGGCGCAUCGAAGAAAUGCGAUUAAGAGAGAAUGACAAAAGACAGCAGGUCGAAGACCGAAAGAAAGCAAUAAUGGACGCGGAACGUGAGCGUCGCGAAUACAUUUUGCGAAAGAACCAAGAACGAGAUGCUCGACUUGAUACAAAACGACGAAACGAACGAAGCUCAAUAUCAUUUGCAUUUGGUUCGUCAACGCCGCGACUUUUGGAUCCGGUUGAAGUGAAUUUGGUGGUGCCGAGCGGUGCCUAUUGGAAUAGCCGGCGUUCAACAUCAAUAUCAAACGUUUCGUAUGGUGGUGGUACACAAUUAUCUCGUCGCAGUUCCGAACGGGAACUAAGCGAUGGCACGAAAAAACGUGCCACUUCUGCCAGCGGCUUGGAUCGUCCAGACGAUUUACACAAAAUGUCCACAUCAAUGUACGAAGUAUUCAAUUGGGGCCAUGUGAAUGAGUCUCGACCGAAGAGACUGUCAGUAUUUGCUGGCGCUUCCGAAAUAAACAUUGAUGAUCCACCACCGUCCGCGACAAAGACUACUACACAAAACGCUACUAAUUCGAGAUCAUAUUAUGAUGAUUCCAAUGAUACAUCACCGUUCGUUAUUCGAAGUGUUGCCCGGCGAAAAACCGAUUUAAUCCCGACCAUACCAAUCCGUGAUUCGAGUUUCGGCUCUCGAACGUCUCUGUAUUGUUCUACACCGCGUACACAAGAUUUCAAGAAUAAAGGACGAGCCGUUUCAAUGACUCGCUUAGAUCAAUUGGCACAGCCGACCAGACGCAAGGGUGAGCAUAUUCGUGCAGUAAUUGAACGUGAACGUCAACAGCAAAUUGAAACGAAUUUGGCAACCGAACGGGUUGCAACAACUCGAAAAAUGUCACGUAGUUUAACGCAUUUAUCGUCGAGUUCAUCGACACGAAGUCCAGCUCCGCUGAAAUUGUAUCAACCAAUCAGCAGUGCGUCAUCAUCGUUUUCAAGAAAUGCCACCAUCAACCAAGUGCGACCGUUACGUAAGUCAAACGCAACGAAAAGUAUGACACAAUUGGUUACAGCCAAAUUGCUAAGCACACCAAAAACGCCGACUGUGGUUCAAGCACGUAUUGCACAAAAGCAUGCAUAUGAUAUCGAAAUUGAUUCGCGAACAACUAACGUUUCUGCAGGAUCACGAUCUGGAGAAGUGACACCUGGCGGUGGUUCAUCACGGCCCGGAAGUGCAAUGUCAACAUCAACAAUGUCAACAUCGGGCGUUGUACGACGCUCUGGUGGCCCAAGAAAACCACGUCCAUCCAGCAUUGCCUGCACUGGCAUGACGCCAGACAGCGGCAAUGAGUCAUCCAAACCACAAAAGAAAGACAAACCACCAUCAAGACCAUCGUCUGCCGUUCGGCGAUCUUCGUCAACAACGUCAGCAAACGUUACAAAAGAUGCAUCAUUGAAAAUGUCCACAUCAUUGCACGAAACGCCGAAACGAAGUGCUCGAUCAGCGCCACCGAAAAAGGCAUCAACGCCACGUGGAACAUCAACACCAAAGCUACCAUCGCCACAAUCCGAAAGUGCGAUAACAAUAUCAGUUCCUAACGAAGCACCAGUGAAUUCCAUUGAAAUUGUACAAACAGUGGAAAAUGUGAGUGAACCAAUGAUCCACGACGUGGAAACAACUAUCGAAACGAAAACCGUCGAAACAGUUACAUCUACGACCGAAGCGUCCAGUGAAGACAAUGAAAAUGUACACACUGUUCAAGAAACAUAUGAGAUUAAGACCGAAACUACUUCCGAAUCAGAACCUGUUUCGAACGAUGAAAAUGUCGACAAUAACAAAUUGACCGAACCAGAGAACAAUGAAAUGACAGCAUCAAUGAUUCAACGUCGCAUACUUUCGGCAGAAGAAGCUAAAGCGGCACUUGCCGAACGUCGUCGAUUGGCACGUGAAGAAGCUGAACGACAGGCCGAAUUGGAGCGUCAAAAACAAGAAGAGGAACGAUUACGACAAUUGAAAUUACAGGAAGAAGAAGAAGAAAAGCAAAGACAGUUUGAAUUGGAGGCCCAAAGAUUGGUUGAAGAACAGCGACAAGCCGAAGAAAAACGCUUACAGCAAGCCAUUGAAGAAGCGCGUCAACGUGAAGAGGAAGAACGUUUGCGUAAAGCGGACGAAGAAAAGCAACGACAGGAACGCGAAGAGCAAGAAAGAAAGGCACGCGAAGAAGCUGAAAAACAGAAACUUGAGGUUGCCGAACGACUUAAAAAAGAAGAAAAAGAACGAGAAGAGCGCCGUAAACGUGUGGAAGCCAUCAUGUCUCGUACACGGGCAAAAACAACAGCAGCUAACAAUGCAACAAAUAAGACGGAAAAUGAUGCUGACAAAAAUGGUGUAAAUACAACCGAAUCUUCACAGUCAUCGACUCAAUCGCAACAAAAUGAUGAAACGUCUGCCAAUAAUACAAAAAAUGCGCUAAGUGAUUAUGAGAAAAGUGUUACCGACAAAGAGAACGCACUUAUUCACACAUUUAGCAAUUUGAUAGAAAAUAAUUUAAUAACAACCGCCACACAACAGUCUCCCCAACAUCAUGCAGAGAAUAACGGUGUGCACAACAAUUUAAAAACUAAUGGCAAAUUAUUAGAUUUCACAUUGAACGACGAACAUCAAGCGCCAAUUUCAAAUGGCAACGGUCAUACGUUGAUCAAUAGUUUAGAUAAUAAAAUUGAAUCUGGCAUAGGAAAUAACUACAAUGAUUCAAUAACAAAUCAACUCCUAGAUUUAUCACUCGAUACGAAUCAGACAGCCGAACAUACAGUAAACUUUAAUAACAACAGUUUAAUCACAUCAGCACCACUAGUCACAUCUGAUAGUCAUGAAGCCAAAGAAAUUUCAUUGUUGUGAAAUUAUUGGAUUAAGUGACAUCUAGAGUAUAUAUUAAAUUAGUUGUUUAAUCUUUUUUCUCGAUUUUUUUCUUCUAAAUGAAACUGAUGAAAUUAAAAUGUGUAUGUAUGUGUGCGUGCGACUGUACGUGCGGCAAGGAGUUGCAACUUUUUGCAAUCGACCGUAUACCGAAUGAGUCAACAAAACAGAUGAUGAUGUAUUUGAGCCGUUUUUUAAAAAUGGAAAACAGAACAAAAGCCUGCAUUCACAUUGGCAUUAUUAUUAUUAUUAUUUUUUUUAAAUUCGAGAAAAGGUAGUGUUUUUAUGUACAAGCAAGGAAGAUUUUUUUUUUUUAAUUUUGAAAUUUGAUUGUCUUGCGUUUGGUUAAUUUUUUUUCACAGUUUAAAAGAAAGGUGAUCGUUAACGAUCGACCAAAUAUGUUAAAUGUAAAUGAAUAGCUACAAUUACCACUGAAGAGAGGAACGAAUCAAAAUAUGUGUUUAUGUUUUUUUGUAUGAAAGGAAAAGCCUAGACUGUAUAAAAUAAUAUUCUGUUUAAAAGAAAAUAGUCAUUUUGUUCGUUCCAACAUUCUAAUUUCUCACCUUUCUCCAAUUCAAGAGCGUAAACAAAAGAAAACCUUAUCCAAAACAUUUCUUUUAAUGCAGCUAAGACUAUGUUGAAAUCACCUGGUGCUUCAAAUGGUUAUAAAUUUUAUUUUUUCAAUUUCUAUUUAUAGUGCUCACUAUUUUAUCCGAUAAAAACUGCAAAUGAUGUUUAAUAUUUUAAAUGUGUUUGUUUUGAAAUAGCAUCUCCAAAUCCCACACAAUGGAAUAAGUCCAACAAUUUCAGCAAUAAAAUGUAAUUAAAAUGGACGUUUCAAUCUAUGAAUAGUUUUAAAAAACGAGAAAAAUUACUGUUAAACCAAACCGAAAUAGACAAUAUAAUGAAUGUUUUUGUUUUGAUUUGUUCUCCAUGAUAGAAAAGAAAAUAGAAAGAGUUGAAAUACGCAUAAAUGCUCUUGUUACGCUGUUCAUUUGAACUUUGAAUGAUAUUCAUGGUGCUCGUUGCAAGUAGAUUCCGAUUGAUAUUCGAAAAAGAAGCAAUACGCAUUUUUAUCCAAAAAAAAUUCAAACGCUGAAUUUCAUUCUACAUAUUUGAAAAAGGCACACAGAAUUCCACAUUUAAUUCAUUCUGAUGGAAAAAAUGCGUUUUUUUUUUCUUUCUAAAAAAAUUCUUUUUUAGUGGCACACAUAUAUUUCUACGCCAAUGAGCUUAGCUGUUCCAAUUAUUUACUUUGAAAAAAGCUUUACUUAUUGUCGUUCCUUGAACUUCCUUCAAUAGGAAACUAAAUAAAAAUGAUUGUGUAAAAAAAGUAUAUAUAUCAACUUAAGAAAUCAUUUACUAUCGCAAAUCAAAAACAAAAUGAAAUUUUAAAUUUCGCUUAAAUUUUCAAUCGUUAGAUAGAAAUUGCGUAGUUAUUUAGCGUAACAAAGAAGAAAAAAACACUUUUCAACUUGUAACAUAUAUACAAACGCUAAUCACAUUACUAAAAAGCGGGACAAAAAAUGCCUUCAUUGAUUUAAUUGAUGAACCAAAAAAAAAUGAUGAUAUUAAUAAUUGAGAUUGUGGCAAGCAAAAUGCAAACUACAUUUAAUUCGUACUAAACAAGGCAUGGAUAAUAAAAACAUAUACUUGUACAUCCAGACUAACUAUAACUAGUGGGACACACAGAGGAGAAAUCAACUAUUUUAUUAAUUAGUAAAAAAACCAUUACAAAUUUAACAAAAAUAAAAAAUAAAAUAAAAACAAAUUAUACAAAUGCUAUUAACAAAUGAUAUUGCAUAGUACAUUAUAUAUGGAAGAAACAGUUGUUUUUUUUAUUUUGAGUUGCAAUUGAACAAUUCAUUUAAAAUGAUGGGUAAAUUUUUGUUAAAUGCAAAUUUUAUUUUUACUGCAUGGAAAAAUAGAUAUAUUAUCAUUAAAAAAAUGUUUACAUUUUCGUAGUAAAAUCUACGACCAAAAAAAAAAAAACGAAAAAAUUGGCGAAUAUUAUGUUUGAACAGGGAUUGUUACUCUGAGGAGAUGGUGAAUGGUGGGGAGGAAAAUAAGGAGGGGGAAUGAUGAGGAGCAGAGAGCAUUGAGGUGUAUCCUCCAGCUCAAGUGAGAUAAGAAUGUAUCCUCAUCAGCGCUUUCCCCCUUCUAAUUUCCCUCCUUACCACUCCUCCACCUCAAAGGAACAAUCCCUGUGAUUGAAAGAAACAAAAAAU